UUGGUGGCACAGCUAAAACCUAACGGUCAGAUGAUUUGUCCAGUGGGUCCGCCGGGUGGUAACCAAGUCCUCUAUCAAGUGGUCAAAGAUCGUACCGGUCGUCAUGUUACUGAGACUGCGCUCAUGGGAGUGAUCUACGUCCCUCUCACAGAUCUUCACGCGCAGACUCAAUCUCAAGCUCCGCCUCCCAUUCACCCCUCAGCCACAACCCAUUAA